UUUGCAAUAUAGCCAUUGUGAUUUAGCGCUUUGGUAGUCACAUUAUAUUUAUUAUCAAUUCAAUACUAAUGGACAAAGUUAGUGGAGUUGGUGUAGUCAAGAAAUCUAAUCGGGUUCGUAGAGUAUUUUGUCCUAUUUGGAAAAGACCAUAUCAUAAGAAUUGCAACUGUUUGGCUGACGAAAAUGAAAUCGACGACAUUGUUACAGAAUUUGAACAUCUUCCGACUUCGACGAAACAAUUUCCAAAAAUCAAGCGUAAACGAGGACGACCAAAAAAAAAAAUUGAAAUAGUUGAAAUCAAUAAUCAGCCGAUCACAAGUAAUUCCAACCAAAACAUGGUUCCAAAAAAAAAAUGGCGGUUAGCAUACCUCAAUAAUGUGCUGAUUGAUAAUUUUAAUGGAGAGUUUACUACAUUUAUACCUGAGGAACAAUUAAUAUGUGACAAUGAAACUGUUUUUGUUGAUUCUAAGAACACCUCUGUUCAUGAAAAAUCAAAUACUAUUGAUAUUGAACAAAAGUUUAUAUGACCGAUAGCAUAGGAGCAACUGUACAAAUGUAUAAAAUAUUUGAUGAUAACAUACUGAUGUUAUUUUCA